CGCGUGGUUUUCAACAUUGUUAAGAAUGUCACAACGGAACAACAUUGGUCUUCCCAGCUUCCUUUCUCUGUUUUCUCACACACACAUACUGAGUACUGUGUAGUGUAUAUUUAUUAAAAAAGCUGCUCUUCGGCAGUCAGAAUAUAUAAUAUAUCCACCUAACAAUAUUUCUUUCUGUAAAAACACCCUUUUUUCUCAAAAUUAAUCUCUCUUUAUCUCUCUCUUUUGUGUAUGUAUUCACUAAACUCAAUCCUUCCUUGCCCUAGAUCCACAACCAUGCUUUCUCCUCCACUCAACUACACAUUUCUAGCUCAACUGUUUUGAACAGUUGCAUAAUUUCACUUAUUUUAGUGGCUGUACAUUUGUACUCUUGUGUAUAUUAACUGUUUUCUUGGUUUUGUGAGACUGGUCAUGUAUGAGUCAAAUGUUCUUGUUAAAGUUGGUUUUAGGUUUAUUGGAAAAAAGAUGUGAUUUUGGGAAGUGGGGUUUCUUUGAUUUUUGAUAAUUGGUUGAUAUCAACUGUUUUCUUGGUUUUCUGAAACAUUGGGAGACUGGCGAUGUAUGAGCUUAAUGUUCUUGUUGAAGUUGGUUUUAGGUUUAUUGGAAUGAAGAUGUGAUUUUGGGAGGUGGGGUUUCUUUGGUUUUUGAUAAUUGGUUAUACUCUGUGUAUAUCAACUGUUUUCUUGGUUUACUGAAGUCUAAUGUUCUUGUUAAAAUUGGUUGCUUUGAUAUUGGUAAGUGAGUGUAGGUUUAUUGGUGAAAAUAUUUGAUUUUGGGAAGUGGGGUUCUUUUAAUUUUGAUAAUUGGAUGUUGUGUAGUAAUUGUGAAGUUGUGUGUUUGUUGAAAAUGAAGAGGGGUAUUGGUGAAAAAAAAGUGAUUUUGGGAAGUGGGAUUCUUUAAAUUUUGAUAAUUGGUUGUCCUGUAGUAAUUGGAAGUGGUGUUUUGUUGAAAAUGAGGAGGGGUAUGGUGAAAAGAUGUGAUUUUUAGAGGUGGGGUUGAAGUGUUUGGGUGCUUUUUUAGUUUGGUAUUUUGUAAUGGGUUGUAUUUGUGGUAAGCCAUCUGCCAUUGAAGACAGUAGAGAUAGUCCAAGAGAGAGAUUGUCAAGUAAAAGUGCUGCAAGUUUAAGAGGGCAAAGGGCUGGUGGUUCAUCAAGAAGAGAAGAAGUAUAUAGAGUUAAAGAUCGUUUAGAUAGUAUUGAUGGAAAGGCAAUGUUGAUUGAUAAACAAGUAAAUGAGAGGAAAAGAGAGAAGCAAGAUUUUAUUGUUGCCACCAAUCAUCUUGGAAUUGGGAUAUUACCUAAAAGUAGUGAAGGGGAACAGGUUGCUGCUGGAUGGCCACCUUGGCUUGCUGCUGUUGCUGGUGAAGCUAUUAGAGGAUGGGUGCCCAGGAGAGCAGAUUCUUUUGAGAAAUUGGAUAAAAUUGGUCAGGGCACCUACAGCAAUGUUUACCGUGCUCGUGAUCUUGAUCAAGGGAAGAUCGUUGCUUUGAAGAAAGUGAGAUUUGAUAAUCUAGAACCUGAGAGUGUUCGGUUCAUGGCUAGGGAGAUUCACAUAUUACGGAGGCUUGAUCAUCCAAACAUUAUAAAACUAGAAGGUUUAGUUACUUCUAGGAUGUCUUGCAGCCUGUACCUUGUAUUUGAGUACAUGGAGCACGAUCUGGCGGGGCUAGCGUCACAUCCUGGUCUUAGGUUUACUGAGUCACAGGUCAAAUGUUACAUGCAACAACUUUUACGCGGACUUGAUCAUUGUCACAGUCGUGGUGUUUUACAUCGUGAUAUAAAAGGCUCUAACCUUUUAAUUGACAAUAAUGGCAUAUUAAAGAUUGCUGACUUUGGUCUAGCAAGCUUUUUUGAUCCACAUCAAAGCCAACCUCUUACUAGCCGUGUAGUGACUCUCUGGUAUCGACCUCCUGAACUGCUACUUGGUGCUACUUACUAUGGGACUGCUGUCGAUUUGUGGAGCUCUGGUUGCAUACUAGCAGAACUUUAUGCUGGCAAGCCAAUAAUGCCAGGAAGAACAGAGGUUGAGCAGCUUCAUAAGAUAUUCAAACUGUGUGGAUCACCUUCUGAGGAGUACUGGAGGAAAUCGAGGUUGCCGCAUGCAACAAUUUUCAAGCCCCAACAACCUUAUAGGCGCUGUGUUGCGGAAACAUUUAAAGAGUUCCCUGCACCAGCUCUAGCACUCAUAGAAACCUUACUUUCCAUAGAUCCUGCUGAUCGUGGGUCCUCAGCCUCUGCCUUGAAGAGUGAGUUCUUUACAACAAAGCCACUUCCUUGUAAUCCUUCAAGCUUGCCCAAGUAUCCUCCGAGCAAGGAAUUUGAUGCAAAAGUGCGAGAUGAAGAAGCCCGAAGGCAAGCGGCUGCUGGAGGUAAGGGUCAUAGAUAUGACCCAGAAAGGAGAGGAACGAGGGAAUCACGUGCAGUUCCUGCACCCGAAGCCAAUGCUGAAUUAGUUUCCUCUAUGCAGAAAAGACAUGGUCAAUCCAAUUCAAAAAGCAGAAGUGAGAUGUUCAACUCUCAUCCUGAAGAAGUUGCCUCUGGUUUUCCAAUUGAUCCUCCUAGACCAUCUCAGGUUGUGGAAGAAACAAGCAACGAUCCUCAGGCGCAGCUGCUUAAGCGAGGUUCCCAUUCUGGGCCAUUGGCUCACCGAGCCGCUUGGGCAAAAGCUGGAAAGAAUAUGGAUGAUGCCCCAAAACUUUCUGUAGCGGAUUUGUCAGCUAUGUCCGGGCUAGUCGCUGCAAGGAGAAGCAUGUUUUCUGAAGAUCGGCCUGAUAAGUCGGGUCCACACAAACAGGAGGUGCCGAAACUUAUAGCCAGGUUUCCGGGGUCCUUCAAAGAGGCUUCACAUUCCGCAAUGAAACAAGAGCAGAAAAAUCAUGCACUCACCAGCUCACAUCAAAAUGAGGACGGUAGAACCAGCAACAAUGAUCCUGUUCUUCUGGGAUAUGGAUCAAAAGGCCACAAAAUUCACUACUCUGGACCACUACUAGUUCCAUCAGGCAAAAUGGAUCAAGUGCUGAAAGAUCACGAUCGCCACAUCCAAGAAGCUGUAAGACGGGCACGCUUGGACAAGGCAAAAGCAAAGAAAAUUCAGAGUGAAGGGAACAAAUUGUCAGCCAAUUCAUUAUUCGUUUCUGGCCGUUGACCUUCAACUGAGAGCAAAGCGGCUAAAGAACAGCGAGACUAUAGAAAAAUCAUAAGUAGUUAGUAUUAUCUUGUAAAAUGAGUUAUUUGAAAAGGGUGAGGGGAGUUUGUAUAGAGGUUGUUCAAGCAAGGAUAGCACGGGGCGUUUUUAAGCCACAUUUGUUGAAGAAUUUAUUAGGAAAAUCUCCCUUGUUUUCUGCUGUUAAAAAUAUGCAACUCUCUCUAGACAUCGAGUCAUUCUUGCAGU